AUGAGUAACCCAGAGUCUUCAGGAAAGCCAACCGGUGCAGCUCCAGCAGCCUCCCAGGCCCCAGCUCCAGCCGCACCAGCUGCUGGCGCCCCAGCUGAAGGAGCCCCACCAAAGACCGCAAAAGAAUUAGAAAAAGAACGUAAGAAGGCUGAAAAAUUGGCCAAGUUCAACGCCAAGAAGGCUGCUCAAGCCGACAAGGCCAAGACUGAACAACCAAAGAAGCCAAAGAAGGAAAAGAAGGUUGCCGAGCCAGUCCCAGAAUUCAUUGACGAGACUAAGCCAGGUGAAAAGAAAGUGUUAGUCUCUUUGGAAGACCCAGCCUUCAAGGCCUACAACCCAAAGAACGUGGAAAGCUCGUGGUACGCCUGGUGGGAGUCCCAAGGGUUCUUCAAGCCAGAGUUAACCAAGGACGGUAAGGUCAAGCCAGAGGGUGUUUUCUCUAUUCCUGCUCCUCCACCUAACGUCACCGGUGCUUUGCACAUCGGACAUGCUUUGACUAUUGCCAUCCAAGAUGCCUUGAUCAGAUACAACAGAAUGAAGGGUAAGACCACCUUGUUCUUGCCUGGUUUCGAUCACGCUGGUAUCGCUACCCAAUCGGUGGUUGAAAAGCAAGUGUGGGCCCAAGAGAAGAAGACCAGACAUGACUAUGGCCGUGAAAAGUUCAUUGAGAAGGUCUGGGAAUGGAAAGAAGAAUACCACAACAGAAUUAAGGGUCAAGUCAAGAAGUUGGGUGCCUCCUACGAUUGGAGCAGAGAAGCCUUCACCUUGAGUGAUGAAUACAACCCUGCUGUGAUCGAGAACUUUGUCAAGUUGCACGAAGAUGGUACUAUUUACAGAGCCUCCAGAUUGGUCAACUGGUCUGUCAAGUUGAACACCGCCAUUUCCAACUUAGAAGUUGACAACAAGAACAUCAGCGGUAGAACCUUGUUGGACGUUCCAAACUACGACAAGAAGGUCGAGUUCGGUGUUUUGACCUCGUUCUCUUACCCAGUCGAAGGCUCCGAUGAGAAGUUGACUGUCGCUACUACCAGACCUGAAACCAUCUUUGGUGACACAGGUGUUGCAGUUCACCCUGAUGAUGCUAGAUACAAGCACUUACACGGCAAAUACGUCCUCCAUCCAUUCUUGGACAGAAAGUUACCAAUUGUCACCGAUGCCGAAGCUGUUGAUAUGGAAUUCGGUACUGGUGCUGUCAAAAUCACCCCAGGUCAUGACCAAAACGAUCAUGCCACCGGUAAGAGAAACAACUUGGAAGUCAUCAACAUCUAUACUGAUGAUGGUUAUUUGAACGAAACCUGUGGUCCUGAAUGGGCUGGCAUGAAGAGAUUCGAUGCUAGAGUCAAGGUCAUCGAACAAUUGAAGGAGAAGGGACUUUUCGUUGACCAAAAGGACAAUGAGAUGGCCAUUCCAGUGUGUUCCAGAUCUGGUGAUAUCAUCGAACCUUUGUUGAAGCCACAAUGGUGGGUCAAGCAGAGCGACAUGGCCAAGGAGGCCAUCGAGGUUGUGAAGAGAGGUGAUAUCAAGAUCAUUCCCAAGACUUCUGAAUCCGAAUACUUCCACUGGUUAGAAAACAUCCAAGAUUGGUGUAUUUCGAGACAAUUGUGGUGGGGCCACAGAUGUCCCGUCUACUUCGUCAAGCUCGACGGUGUCGAAGAACACGACAAGUUGGACAACGACUACUGGGUUGCUGGUAGAAACUUGGAAGAGGCCCAAGCCAAGGCCGACAAGAAGUUCCCUAACGCCAAGUUUACUCUUGAGCAAGAUGAGGACGUUUUGGAUACCUGGUUCUCCUCUGCUUUGUGGCCAAUUGCCACCUUAGGAUGGCCAAACAAGAAUGCCAAGGACUUGGAGUUGUUCGGACCAUUCUCGUUGUUGGAAACCGGAUGGGAUAUUUUGUUCUUCUGGGUCACUAGAAUGAUCUUGUUGGGGGUGAAGCAUACCGGACAAGUGCCAUUCAAGGAGGUUUUCUGUCACUCUUUGGUGCGUGAUGCCCAAGGCCGUAAGAUGUCCAAGUCGUUGGGUAAUGUCGUUGAUCCAUUGGACGUGAUUGCUGGUAUUCCAUUGCAAGGAUUGCACGACAAGUUAAAGGUGGGUAACUUGGACCCUAGAGAGUUGACCAAGGCUGUCGAGGGCCAGAAGGCAUCCUACCCUAACGGUAUUCCAGAGUGUGGUUCCGACGCUUUGAGAUUUGCCUUAUGUGCUUACAGUACUGGUGGUAGAGACAUCAACUUGGACAUCAUGAGAGUCGAGGGCUACAGAAAGUUCUGUAACAAGAUCUACCAGGCCACCAAGUUCGUGUUGGGUAGAUUGGGCGAGGACUACAAGCCACCCCAAACUUCUGCCAGAACCGGCAAGGAGUCGUUGGUCGAGAAGUGGAUCUUGCACAAGUUGACCCACGCUGCUAAGAACGCGGCAGACACCUUGGACAGCCGUGAGUUUGGCGAGUCCACCAACCACAUCUACAACUUCUGGUACGAAUUGUGUGAUGUGUACAUCGAGAACUCCAAGAGCUUGAUCCAAGACGGUACUCCCGAACAGCAGCAGUCAGCCAAGGACACCUUGUACACCUGUAUCGACUCUGCGUUGAGAAUGAUCCACCCAUACAUGCCUUUCGUCACCGAGGAGAUGUGGCAGAGAUUGCCACGUCGUGAGGGCGAGACCACUCCCUCCAUCGUGGUGGCCAAGUACCCUGAGUACUCGGCCGACUUUGACGAUGUCAAGGCCCACGACGCCUAUGAAUUGGUGUUGGAGAUCACCAAGGGUGCCAGAUCGUUGUUGGCCCAGUACAACAUCAUCAAGAACGGCCAGGUGUACGUGGAGUCUGCCAACGACGACAUGUUCGCCAUUGCCAGUGCCCAACAGGACUCCAUUGUGUCGUUGAUCAAGGGUGUGGAGAAGAUCACCGUGGUCAAGGAUGCCAAGGACGUUCCUUCGGGAUGUGCUCUCCAGGCCAUCGGUGCCGACUGCACGGUUCACGUGUUGGUGAAGGGCCAGAUCGACUUGGAUGCCGAAAUCGCCAAGGUGCAAAAGAAGUUGGGUGCUGCCAGAGAGUUUGCCGACAAGACCAACGAGGGUAUCAGCAAGUUCACCGACAAGACCAAGGAGAGUGCCAAGGAGAGUGCCUACAAGAGAUUGGAGAAGUUCACUGCUGAGAUCGAAGGCUACGAGCAGACCAUUGCCAUUUUGGAGAAGUUGAAGCUCUAA